AUGGGUCUGGCAGGCAAUCUACUGUCCCUGUUGACAGUGACCAAUGCUCUUUUAGGUCUUCUGGGCUAUAUCGCCCUGCGAUUUGUCUACCAGAUUAUCUACUAUCGCUUCUUUCACCCACUCGCCGUCUUCCCCGGUCCUUUCUGGGGCUCUGUGACUCGACUCUGGAUUGCAUGGCAUAACAUGCGAGAGACAGAACUCCCCACUGUCUAUGCGCUUCAUAAGAAAUAUGGCCCUGUCAUUCGAAUUACCCCAACGUUGCUGGUAGUUAGCGACUACACCAAGCUGCCAGAGGUAUACCACCGCAAUGCAGACAAGACCGCACAUUACAUCACGGGCAGCUUUGGCGAGACGGAGAGUCUGUUCAAUAUGAGGUCGCAUAAGACUCAUGCUGUGUUUCGGAAGCAUAUCGCUGGACCGUAUAGCUUUAGCAACAUCAAGAAGAUGGAACCCAUGGUGGACGCACGGAUCCAACAAUGGAGCAACAAGCUGGAUGAGAACUUUGCUCAGUCUGGAAAGGCAUUUGAUUUUGCCUGGUGGGCAGUGUACAUGGCGUACGACAUCAUCAGUGAAAUCGGAUUCGGGGCUCCUUUCGGCUUCAUCGACAAAGGAGAGGAUAUUGGCGGACUGAUCCAGGGAUUUCACGACGGACUCCCAGCAUUCGGGCUGCUGUCGCGCCUGCACCCAUUCACGUCGUGGAUGAAGACGACUUUCAUGAAGAAGUACCUAGUCGCAAAACCAGAAGACGACUCGGGCAUCGGCGUGUUGAUGCGCUUCCGUGACCGGUUGAUCGGCGAACGUCUCGAAGCCCUGGAAAAAAAGAAGGAGAUCGGGCGUAUCGACUUGCUGCAGACGUUCCUGGAAGCGCGCACCGACGACGGCAAGCCGCUGGACCUGGAGUAUAUCCGCGCGGAGGUGUUGCUGGUGCUGCUGGCCGGCGCCGACACCACGGGAACGGCAUUCCAGGCCCUGAUCCAGUUCCUGAUGGCCAAUCCCAGUGCCUACGAGCGCAUGAUGACCGAGAUUGAUGCCGCCGUUGCGGCUGGACAUCUCUCCGACAUGCCCCAGUACGACGAAGUGCAGCAGCAUCUGCCUUAUUAUGUCGGUUGCGUCAAAGAGACCAUGCGUCUGUGCCCGUCUGCCCCGAACAUCUUCCCGCGCGUCGUCCCUGAGCCUGGGUUGGAGUUGUACGGCAAGUUCGCUCCGCCUGGUACUGAGAUUUCUUGCAAUCCGUAUAUUGUGCACCGCGAUCCGGCGCUGUAUGGUGCCGACGCGGAAGAGUUCAAGCCCGAGCGCUGGCUCGAUCCCGAGAACGCGAAGCUGUACAACAAGUAUAACUUUGCUUUCGGGUAUGGGUCUCGCGUGUGUUUGGGCCGUGAUAUUGCGAUGAUGGAGCUGUUCAAGGGUCCACUGCAGUUCUUCCGCCGGUAUAAACCAGAGGUGAAGGAUAAGCCCAAGGCACAGUUCAUGAUUAAGGGGGGCGUUGGAUACUGGCGGGAUGUCUGGUUGACCAUCUCUGAGCGGCAGGGGGAGAAGGCUAAAUAG